AGAUGUCAAAUUGUUAUAACCAAAUUUAAAUUUAUUAUUUUCUUAUUAGUAAUUGUUAACAACAGCAAAUUGUGAUAGAAAUGUUUUAUACGAAAUUACUCAAGGGGUCCUUACGUUAUUUCAGUAGCAAUGCUGCGAGGUAUCUUGUAGAGCCUUUAAAGAGUAGGUCACUUAUUCGAGUUCAAGGGACGGAGGCGAGCGAUUUUUUACAGGGGCUUAUUACAAAUGACAUGCAACAUUUGUCUAGUAACGUUAGGGGUUCGAUGUAUUCGAUGUUUUUGAACAACAAGGGUAGAGUUUUGUACGAUACGAUCGUUUAUAAAGUAGCCGAUGAUUCGUUUUACGUCGAGUGCGAUUUAGAUGUUCUGAAAUCGUUACAAAAGCACAUAACAUUGUAUCGAGUACGAAGGAAAAUAGAUGUAUGUAGCUUAGAGAACGACUACAAAAUAUACGCAUUAUUUAAUGUUAAUAAUACCGAUGGUAAAACUGAUAAUGAAGAAGUACCUGUGCACAAAUUAUUACCAGAAAGCGAUAAUUUAAUGGUUUUUAAAGACCCCAGAGUAUCCGAAUUAGGGUAUCGCAUUAUCAGUAAAAACGACAUUACUAAAACAGAAAAUAUUAAUAUCUCCGAUACAACUGAUAAGUAUAAAUUGUUAAGGUAUUCGUUGGGAAUAGGAGAAGGUGCGAACGACCUACCGCCGGGCAACUGCUUUCCACUAGAAUGCAAUUGUGACUACUUGCACGGGGUCAGCUUCCAUAAAGGUUGUUACAUCGGGCAGGAGCUCACCGCUAGAACCCACCACACGGGAGUUAUAAGGAAACGUUUGAUGCCCCUUCGCUUCGAAAACAAACCAAGCGUCUUACCUAAUGAGGACCGCUUAACAUCAGGGAAGAGUAACUUAGGAAAACUGAGAGGUGUAGAAGAUAAAUUUGGUUUGGCAUUGUUACGAGUGGAUUUGGCUUUGGAUUUGGGCGAAUUUUUAAUUGGAGACCAGAAGGCUAAAGUUUACAAACCCCAUUGGUGGCCUGUUAUUUUACCUAAAGAUAAAGUAAUACAAAAAACGUGAAGCUAGUUAAUUUUUUUCCGAGGGUGUUAACAUAAUGGAGCAAAUUGAAACGAAGACUGAUACUAGUGAUACAGUAAAUACAAAUGCAAGUUGUUCAUCGAAAGAUACAAAUCUGAAGAAAGAUGAUAGUGAAAAUGUUUUUCAAUGUUCCUCUUGCGUGUUUCGUACAAGCUUCGAUUAUUUCGGUCGAAAUCCAUCUCAGGUAAAAAAUUACAUCUUAUUAGAGGACAGCUUUGUUUUGAACGAUCCAUUUUCGACGCCGAGAGAAGGGAAAAUUAUUAUCUUAGGCGCUUUUUGUAUAAAAUGCAUGAAAAUUGUGUGUAAAAAUACGAAUUGUAGUAUAUAUUACGAGGGGACUUACUGUAUCAAUUGUGCUAAAAUUAAUUCCAAACGUUUUCCAAAUGCUCUUCAAGAAAAAAUAAAUAGAAUUGUAUAAAAUAAGUUUUUUUAAUCCUCAAAAGUAUUUAAAUUUUGUGUUUGUAUACCAGCAGAAAACCAGGCCACCGAAGAGUUAAGAAAAAAAGAUGAAACAAACAAUUGACAUCUGUCAAAUAUUGUAUUUAAUUAAGGUUAGAAAAUUGUAAGUUAAUAAAUAAAUAGUUUUAACUUACGAUUUGAUUAAAUAAAUCGUUGCUGAAAUGAAUUGAAAUGGUUGAUAUUUUCAAAGAGCUCGGAAUACCAAAGAAGUAUGUCAAGAAAACCGUCAAAGAAGACAGAUUUAUAGCAGUUGUAAAUAAAUUAUGGCUUAAAAACCUUGUUAAGCACUUAAGAUUGAUACAAUUCAUAGAAACAGCAGAUUUCCAAGCAUGGCCUCUGACAGAAGAUUUGAAUUCCUCUUGGAUGAAAGUGAUAAUUUCCUGUCACAGGAAAAAAGAAGGAAAAAUAUUUUCACUGCCGAAAGUCCGUUUGCCCAAAGAAGAAGCUCCGCUGUUAUUCUCUCAACUUAUGCAAUACAUUACCAAAACGAAUUACAUAAAUCUUUGGAAAACCAUGUACAAAAAAUACUCAUCUGACGAAUCUCACAGAGAAAGCACCAUUAAUCUAGUCGAAUAUAACGACGUUUUAAAAGAGAUUAUCAUUAGGAUUUACGGUUGUCCAAUAAUUAAUGCAUUCGACGAAACUUUAUCCAUUCCAUCUUCGAAUCAAUUCGAAGUAGACCUGAAUAUUUUCCCCGCUCUAUGCGCUGUGGAAACCCAAAGUGCAAUAUUUCUAUUACACGCUCCGUACGUAGAAUACAACGUUGCCGAUUGCGUUACCUUUUCGCCAGCAAUAUUCGACAAAAGUCACACAAAAUCGUUAUUUAUCAUCUACCAACUGCUCAAUGUACUGAAAUCGUUGCACGAGAGAAGCUUAACGCUGGGAGAAAUAAGUCUAAACGACAUAUACAUCAACGAAGACAUGUGGGUGCACAUAUUCCCGCAAAUUAUAUCGAAUAUACACGUCGAACAAAACGCUAAUGCCGCCUUAGAUGCGAAUACGAGCAUCAAAAUCAACAAAUUAAGGUGUCAAUUUUACAAUUCGCAAUCGUACGAUUCAGUACUCGUAACUGAUCAAAGUUUGUGCGAGUUGAGCCAGCUUUGGGUAAACGGUUUGAUUUCAAAUUUCACCUACAUAUCAGCUUUGAACAAAUUCUCAGGGAGAGUGUUUGGAGAUCCGAAUUGUCAUUACGUGUUUCCGUGGGUAACCGACUUCACCUCUGCGUGCGGUAAAAAUUGGCGCGAUCUCAAAAAAUCCAAGUACAGAUUAAACAAAGGCGACCACCAAUUGGAUUUAACCUACGAUAACAGCCAAUCGCAAGUUCCUCACCACGUUUCCGACGUCCUAUCCCCGAUCACUUACUACGUGUACAUGGCUCGAAAAACGCCGAAACCGACACUGUGCAAAAACGUUAGAACUGUUUGGGUACCGGCGGAGUAUCCCAGUUCGAUACAAAGGAUCCAAGAAUGGACGCCCGACGAAUGCAUACCCGAAUUUUACUCCGAUCCGAGCGUUUUUAGGAGCAUUCACGAGGAUUUGGACGAUUUGACUGUACCCACUUGGGCUUCCGAUCCGGAAGAAUUCGUGGAAAUACACAGGAGAAUUUUGGAGUGUCCCAAUGUGUCCGAAAAACUUCACCAUUGGAUAGAUUUAACGUUCGGAUACCGAUUAACCGGAAAUCCCGCUGUAAGAUCGAGGAACAUUUGCUUGAAUUUGGUCGACGAUCAUGAAAAUUUAACCAAGUCAGGACUAGUGCAAUUGUUCACGCAACCUCAUCCUCCUAAAGCCGUCGAUUCGCCUUAUUUUUCCAAAAUCCCUCCGAAGGUUUUUACCAGCAAAUACGCUCGACCGAGAUCGAGAGGAAGGAGUAACUCAUCGUUGGUUUGCCACGAUCCCAACGCGAGCGACGACGAGCGCUUGCCUCGCGAUAACUCGGCGAAAAUAUCGCGCAGCAGGUCCUCGUUGCACGACGAUCAAGCCAGCAGAUCGUCGAGCACCCAGCGAACCGACAGCGCCCCGACUACCUCCAAAACUAGCGAAUAUCAACCCCAAUGCGAAACGAUUUACCUGCCCAAAGACUACAAGCCCGAACUGCUGCUCGACGUCCUCGAACGAAAGAACAAUUUCUUCCGUAAAAACUUCUACCGGAGCUACGACGACGCAUCGGAGCGUAAGCACCACCGCAAACGCAACGAAGGAUUUUUGAAUUUGGUGUUCAACGAGAGCCAGACGAGCCGGAAUUGCGCCACCGUUUCCUGCAACUACAAGGAGAUGAUAUCGGCCAGGCGCAUCAAGGAGUUGAAAGUACUGGGUUGUUUGAUGGUCGAAAUAUUCAUGGCGAAGCAUUUGCGUACCGUUUGCUCGAACAACCUAGAAGACCGGUUAAAGUACUGCAAAUCCGUGCUCGACGCGCACGAUAUACCUCCUUGCGUGAAUUACAUCGUGAAUUUGUUGCUGCGGCCCGACAACGGCGAGUAUUCCGCCAUCACCGAUUUAGGUUUGCCGUCGCCCAGCGCUCAUUUAUUAUUAGAGCCUCUGAUGCAUUGCACCGUUCCGUUCUCCGAGCAUUUUCCUCAGCUCUACGACAUCGCGCGCAAUUUGAAGGAUUUCCGGAACGUAGCGAUCGAAUUGAGCGUGCUCUAUCACUUCGAUUGCGACGGGCAAAUGUGCUCGGAGUACGAGAGCGUCGAGAAGACCAAGAUCGCCUUCGUUCAAAACGUGUCCGAGUGCAAAGUGAAAUUGUUCGCUAAACAAUUGGAUGGUUUAACGGGCGAAUUAAAUACGGAUACUGAUAGCGAGAUUGUGAAUAUCAUUUUACCGCACGUUAAAGAUCUGAUCGAAGAUCCUCCGACGACCGUUUUGGCCGCUUGGUAUUUGUUCGAGCCUAUUUCGAGAUUACUGGGGCCUCGAAGGACCUCUAAAUAUUUGUUAGAGCCGAUUUUGAAGUUGUACGAAAACGAAUGUCCCGAUAACAAUUUGCCUUACAUUAAGAAAAUCGCCAAACUCUACCAUCACAGUUUCCUGCUGUGCUUAAUGGUGAGACUGGGCUUGAAGGUGUUCCUAGAGAACUUCGUUGUGCCUUUGGUAGAGGCGGUAGGAGGUUACAAAGACUACGAUUUAGUGGAUUUCGUGCUGCAUGAUCAUUCCGAGAAAAUAGCGAAGAGAAGUUCGUAUUUGAAGACCAUCGAAACGGAACAAAUGGAUACGUCCGGUAGCGACGAAUCCGCUUGCAGCGACAAACAGAAGAGCCUGCUGGAUAAAGAGUACGAAAUCAAGGAAGAAGACGCGGACGAUGAGAAAAACGACGAGGAUCAGAUGAAAUUUUUGAUGGAACAUCUGGAAUUGAACCAGAAUUUGGAGGAAACCGAACACAAUUCCGAUAGCACCGAUAAAGAAUUAGGUCUUUCGUACGAUCCUGAACACACCGAAACUAACGAAGUUCCAGUUUUGAAAUCCCCUUCGAUUCCCAUACCGCAAAGCCGCCACAAGUUCGUGUCGAACAUCACCUGCGAGGUGGGCAGCAAGAAGAGCGACGGCGAGCUGGCCGAAGAGGCGAGCAGCGCGCCGCGCUACGACGGCAAAUCGAAGAGCAGCACGAAGAUAUCGGACGUGAGCUCGGACAGCCUGAUCUGGCUGUCGCACCGGCUGGGCCCAUUGCUCACCGCCAAGUACCUGUCGAGGAACUUGCUCAAGAUGCUGGCGCUCUGCUACAUCGGCAAAGACAACGUAUCGGCCGUGACGAACUUCGCGGCCAAUUGCAAGAGCAUCUCGAUCACCUCGCACUUCGUCAAGGGCGAUCAGACGUGCGCCAACGUGCUGGAGUGCCUGACGAGCAUCUCGGGUUUAUAUGGUGAACAAAUAAUCAUCUUCCAAUACAUUCCGUAUAUGACUGAAUUGAUAUUGUUGUGCAAGAAACGGAUUACGCCGAAUCUGGAGGGUGGUUUGUUGUCUUGCUUGACUCUAUUGAAAAAUAUCAUUCCUUAUCUGUCGGAUUCGAUGCUGAUGAAUCAGUUGCAGGACGUUAUAUUGAAGAAUAUAAUCCAUCCGAUUAUUCGAUUGUUGAAUUCGACGAAUCACGCGUUUCCUAGCGGCGGUAUGGCUAGAAAUACGUUGGCUCGCAAGUAUCUGGACGUGAUUUACGUGCUUUCGAUUAGAAUAGGUGUGGAUAUGACGAAGAAAUAUCUACUGGUGCCGGCCAUGCAGAGGUUUUUCCAAAUAUUCGACAAGGUCUAUAAGAAUCAUUCAGACGAUAAUAAGGUUACAGAAACAGCGCCCGAAGAAAACUUAGAAACUAGAGCUUUGAGCGAGAUACAGGAGGUUUUUACGAAGGAACUAGCGCAUAAGGCUUACGUGCCUUUUGUUAAACUGAUUGGGGUUAAUACAUUAGAAAACGGGUUAAACAAUUUCCAGACAAUCUUGAAGCUUUGCCAGGAAUACGAAGAAGACGUCAAGAUGUCAUCUGCUAAGCUAAAUUUUACCUGCAAGUAUUCAGAUGUCGAUUUAAAUCCACCUCUUGUGAAUUCGUCCAGUAUUGGUAGUAAUAUAGCUGUAAUUGGUAAUCGUAUCGAACUCCAAAGCGAAACGCAAGACAACAUCAACGUAGAUUUAUUGAGUCUAGUCAGUAAUAGAAUAGAAAAUUCAAGUAGGCAUUUAAGAGGAAAUUGGUUAGCUUAUUGGGAACAUGAAAUAGGUCGUUCGGAGAAGGAUGUUCAACUAAAUUUCAAGCAAAUCAAGCUUCAAACUUUCAUCGGACAUACGCAAGGCGUGAAAUGCUUGCAGAUUUUGGACAACGAAAACAGUUUCAUGUCCGGCAGUCGCGAUAAGACCGUUAAAUUGUGGUCUAUGAGAAGCCAAGGGGACGGAUUCAGCACGUCUAAUUGCCAAUGGACUUACAAUUCGCAUAAAAAAUCGAUAUUAUCCAUAACAUUCUUGGAAAGUUUAAGAUUAGUCGCUUCUUGUGAUGGGAUUGUACACGUUUGGGAUCCGUUCAUGGGAGCUAACGUAGGUAAUUUAGAAUCCCCUAAAUUUGCUCCGGUUAAUACGUUGAAAAGCAUGCCGGCUCCUUCUACGUUAGUUUUCACCGCCACCACCGAUGGUACGCUCAAAGUUCUCGACACUAGACUCAUCAGUUACAUUCAGGAAUUAAAGAUAAGUACCAGCCCGCCUAGUUUGAUCCGAUGUCUGGCGAUAUCUCAAUGCGGAAACUGGAUCGCAGCCGGGCAAUCUUCUGGAAACAUUAUAGUUUUGGAUACGAGAACGGGAUUAGUAAUAUCAAAUUGGCGGGCGCACGAAAGCGAAGUUCUGCAAUUGGAGGUGUACGACAAGGAAACUUUGGUGUCGAGCAGUUUGGAUCAGACUACGUGCGUUUGGAACAUCGCCGAUGGGAAAUUGAAGUUCCACAUGAGAGGGACUACCGAACCGGUUCAUUGUUUGAGGAUCCACAAUGACGAAUUGAUAUCCGGAACGACUGGGAAUCGGAUAGGAGUGCACACGUCCAUUGCUCCUGAUGCUUGUUUUUCCAAUAACAAACUCCGCGGAGAUUCUUUCAGGGGUUUGCUCACGUCGAUGGAAUACAUGCCGCUAAACAGAUUGCUGUUAUUAGGAGCAGAUACUGAUACCUCAACUUUCUCUCCAUCUCGUCGCAUCUUCGAACUUCGUUCACGAACUUCCGUUGGAAAGCGUUCACAUCGGGAUUCAGCUGCAAAGAAACAGAA